CCUUACGUCAGCGCAUUACUGUGACGUCAUCACCACGCGACCUUAUUUGUGUGUCGCAGUUGGUGUUUAGGAUUUGUUGGACUUUUCCUUUCCAUCUUGGCAAAAGUAUCAACUUUCUUUCAGAGCAUCACAUGCUAACUGGCAGAAACUUAUUCUUUCUAACAUCUCAACCUCCGGUGAGUGUUUGCUUCGGCCCGGCCGAUGGAGCUCGUCAAAGGGGCCGCGGAGGCUUCGAUGCUGUCCGGCGGCAACGUCAGCAACGUCCCGGCCUUCCUCUCCAAACUCUGGACUUUGUUAGAAGACCCGCACACUGACCCCCUCAUCUGCUGGAACACGACUGGAAGCAGUUUCCAUGUAUACGAUCAGGGUCGCUUUUCGAAGGAGGUCCUCCCCCAGUUCUUCAAACAUAACAACAUGGCCAGUUUCAUUCGCCAGCUCAACAUGUAUGGCUUCCGGAAGGUGGUCCACAUUGAGCAGGGCGGUCUGCUGAAACCUGAGAAGGACGACACAGAGUUCCAACAUCCGUUCUUCAUUAGAGGACAAGAACACCUGCUGGAGAACAUCAAACGCAAAGUCACCAAUGUGUCUGCUGUGCGUCAGGAGGAGGUGAAGAUCUCAGCCAACGAGGUCAACAAGAUCCUGAAUGACGUACAAGUGAUGAAGGGCAAGCAGGAGACCAUUGACUCCAGAAUUAUUGCCAUGAAACAUGAGAACGAGGCUCUGUGGCGGGAGAUGGCGUGUCUGAGACAGAAACACGCCCAACAGCAGAAGGUGGUUAACAAGUUGAUUCAGUUCCUGGUGACGCUGGUCCAGUCCAACAGGAUCAUGGGAGUCAAGAGAAAACUUCCGCUCAUGCUCAGCGACCCAGGCUCCGCCCACUCUCUGCCCAAAUACGCUCGACCCCUUUCUCUGGAGCAGUCUGCAGAACCCCCUCUGACCUCUGGACCAGUCAUCUCCGACGUCACAGAGGUGGCCACGCCCACAGCAGAAGAAGUGCUCAGUGACUGGAUGGCAAGUGGCAACAGAAGAAGACAGUCACCUAAUGUCAGCCAUGAGGUGGUUGAGGAAGUGGUUGCAUGUGUGGACACGCCCCUUUCCCCCACUGCCUUCAUCAACUCCAUCCUGCAGGAAGAUGACAACAUGAUGGUGGCAGACUCUUCUGUUGUUCUGAUGGACGCCCCCCAGACCACAGCCCCCAAUGGCCAAUCACCUUCCCCCACCUCAGACCUGGUCCCCACCUCAGACCUGGUCCCCACCUCAGACCUGGUCCCCACCUCAGACCUGGUCCCCACCUCAGACCUGGUCCCCACCUGUCAGACUCUGGCUUGUAUCGACAAGUGUGAAUUGUCCAAUCACGUGGAGACGAUUGACAACAGUCUAGGACACCUGCAGAACACCCUCAGCAACCCAACCUUCACCUUUGAAACUUCUCCGCUCAUGGAGUUGGUGUACCCCUCAUGGUCUCCAGGAGACUUUGACUUCAACACUUUGGACAGUCUUCUAGGUGAGGACACACCCAGAGGAUCUGAUCCAGGCAACACUACAGGUAAGCAGUUGGUGCAGUACACACCUGUGCACAUUCCUGAAGCUGACCUGCCAUCGUUACUGGAGUUGGAGGCGGAGCCUUUCCUCAACCCUGAAACGCCCGUUGAUGAUCCCACCACCAAACUGAACUCUGACCUCUGACCUCACGCAAGAAGCCGUGAAUGUUUUUGACUCCGUAUCCAUGACGACAGUGUGUGGUGACGUUGUACAUAUUGUAUACUUUGGAAAGUUGGACUUGACUUGUGUCAUCAACUUGACACGACUUCCAAAAUUGAUGUUCAAAAGAGACAAAAACAUUUAUUGCAGAUUCAUUAAAAGACUUUUUCCAAGUUCAGCUAAUCUGAAAUCUUUCACAACAAAAGGCCAGGACCCCCUGGGCGGGGCCUGAAGGCUAGUGGUACAGGUGUGAUCGUGCCCAUGGGUCCGUGCACUCAAACUGCCGGCGUAAGAACCAAAGUCGGGGCUUGAGGUGGACUUCAGCAGGUGUCCUCCAGGUCCAUGUUCUCUGCAGCUGUCAGACAAAACACCAAAUCUGGUUUCCUUCCCACAGCAUUUGUGACAAAACAACAAGGAGCGUAACUGUCUUUAGGUCAAAGGUGUGACCUCACCUUCAGGACCCUGACCCGAUGGGUUGUACUGUUCAGUGGCGGAACCUGCAGAGAACAAGCAGAACCAGGAGGACGCAAAGAAGAAGCGUUGAGCACGUUGAGCCUCGGUGGCUCUUGGUCCAACCCCCGAGCACCUUCUCAAUAUUCCUAACCCUGGAGACACUUACCAGCCUUGUGGAAGUCCUGGGUCACCUGUGGAGCACCUGCAACACCACAUGACAACAUUGAGCCUACCCUGCUAAGACAUUUGGAGUCAUCCUCGGUCCAACCCCCGAGCACCUUCUCAAUAUUCCUAACCCUGGAGACACUUACCAGCCUUGUGGAAGUCCUGGGUCACCUGUGGAGCACCUGCAACACCACAUGACAACAUUGAGCCUACCCUGCUAAGACAUUUGGAGUCAUCCUCG